AUGACACUCCUUCAGAGAAUUAUCCGAAAUGAUACCGUCAAGUCGGACCCCCCGGAGGUAUAUAAUUUCCGGGUAGUCCUGAUCAGCCUGUCGGCAUGCGGAGCUUCCAUGCUUUUUGGCUUUGAUAUGGGCGUUAUUGGCGGUGUCCUAACCAUGAACUCGUUCAAAGAGCAAUACGGGCUCAUAGGAAGGGAAGACACUGUUCUCGCGAACCUAGAGUCGAACAUCGUCUCGGUCAUCCAGGCGGGGUCCUUUCUGGGAGCACUAGUCUCCACCUACGUUGCCAAUGCCAUCGGACGACGAUUGUCACUGAUACUCUCCGCAUUGAUACUGUUCGUUGGUGUUGCCAUGCAAGCUGGUGCUAGUGGCAUCAUUGGAGUUUUAUUCAUCGGGGGACUCUCCAUUGGGAUAGCAUCUUCCGUGUGUCCAAUAUAUAUCGCUGAGAACGCACCCCGCGGUAUCCGUGGAUUACUGACGGGGUUCUAUCAAUUGACCCUAGUAUUCGGUCUCACGUUAGCGUUCUGGAUCAACUACGGCUGCGAACGUCAUUUAACAGGAAAAGAGCAAUUCAUCAUUCCUCUUUCACUCCAAGCAUUCCCCGCCAUGAUCCUUUUAGUCGGUAUGUUCUUUGCAAACGAGUCACCACGGUACCUCGCAAUGAAGCGGCCGGAGAGAGCAUCACGCGUUCUUGCUACACUCCGGGGUUUACCCGAAGACCAUCCGUAUGUGAUGGAGGAGUUGAACAACCUGCGGUUUCAACUAGAAGAGGAGUCCCAACAUUCCGUAUCAUCGAUGUGGUCUCUUCUGAGAGAAUCCUUCUCACGAAAGUCCUACCGCCGGCGAUCAAUUCUCUGUAUUACCCUCAUGAUGUGGAGUAAUAUGACGGGGACCAACGCCAUGACAUAUUAUUCUCCCACAAUCUUUGCCAGUGUCGGCCUCUCAUCGUCGUCUGUGGGUCUGUUUGCGACGGGGAUAUACGGUAUCGUCAAGUUUAUCGCCUGUGGCGUUUUUAUUGUUUUCGUAUCGGACACUCUUGGUCGCAGAAGAUCGUUAUUAUGGACAGGAAUUGUUCAGGGCAUCAUGCUAUUUUACGUCGGGUUUUACGUCCGAUUCGAUACCAUAUCGGAAAACGCCCCAAUCACACCGCAAGGAUACAUCGCCCUAAUCGCCAUAUACCUCUUUGCCGCUGUAUACCAAUUUGGAUGGGGACCAGUGGUAUGGUCCUAUUGCGCAGAGAUUCCCCCGGCACGCCUUAGAGCCCUUAACAUGGGCAUGGCCACAGCAUCGCAGUGGUUCUUUAACUUCGUGGUUGCCAAAUUCACGCCGACAAUGUUCGCAACGUUGGGGAAAAACGGGUAUGGGACCUAUUUUGUUUAUGGAAGUUUCUGUUUCGUGAUGGUCAUAUACUUGGUUCUUUGUGCCGGAAACAAAGGGUAA